CCAGUGUGAUGUUGGCCAAGAAUGAUCGCGGCGCAGUAGUUCAAUGUCGGUUGGCAGUGACGGUUGUUUAUACGAUGGCGUCCGGCGGUGAGAACGGAACCGAAGAACGAACGGAAGCAUCGACGCCGGCUCAACCCAUCACCAAUGUCGUAUCCGAGACGACUCACAAAGUAAUAGGAAUGGAUAAAGAUGCGGAUAUGUCUGGUGUACCAGCAAAGAAAUCUCGUGUUGAAGUGCAAUCUCUUCCAACCAGACAGUAUUUGGAUCAGACAGUAGUACCGAUAUUGCUACAAGCGUUGUCCUGUUUAGCCAAAGAGAGACCUGCUGAUCCUAUAAGCUUUCUCGCUGGCUAUUUACUUAGAAACAAGAGUCAGUACGAUAACGGCGGUUCGCCGCCGACUAGUCAGUGAAUGCUUCCCUGUCCAUGUGCGCAUUUUGUGAGUGAACUUCCACAUUCACCACUCAUUCCUACAACGGAUCACGAAUAAAUGCGCAAAAGUGGAAAGUCCAUGCUCGCGGCACAAUACAGAAGUUCGAUGUGACUGUUGAUAACGUUGCAACAUCCACCUUUACCUUUUUUACUUCCCUACGAGAAGCAUGCAAUAGUUUCCACGUCGAGUUGCUUCCAUCCUCCUCUUUCCACAUUCCUGUUUGCUGUGCUUUUCCAACUUCAGAACUAUGUAAGUAGCUUUAUGCAAUGUGCUAGAACAUGAAUAUACAGAGUUUAUCUCGAA